CUUAUGACUAUUUCUUAACCGUCCCCUACUGUUCAAUAACACUGUCUAAAGGGAACACUUGGGUGUGCAAGGUUACCACCAACACUAUAAAUGCACUAACAAUUCCCUAUCUUUAUUACUUGCUCAGCUAGAACACAACCAUGAACUCCUUGACCGCUGUAAUCCUCUUGGUAGCCGUUGCCGCCGCCAACGCUAGUGGCAUUCUGGGCCAUCAUGGUGUCGUUAUCGGCCAUGACAUCCAUGGUGUUCCCGGAACCGUCACCGGUUUGGGAGCUCCUGCUGUCCUCUCAGGGCCCGCAGGAACUGUAGUCAGAGGCGGAGUUGCACCUGCUCCUGCUGUGGUUGCAGGACACGGAGUUGGUGUUGUUGGUCAUGCUGGUGUUAUUGGCCAUGCUGGUCUUAUUGGUCAUGCUGGUAUUAUUGGCCCUGCUGGUAUUGUCGCCGGACAUGGUCUUUUGGGACAUGGGUUGAUUGCGCCAGGUUCUGGAUUGGAAGGACAAUGGAUCCCGGAUAUCAACGAGAAACUGUACGAUGAUGGAUCUUACAAACCACAUAUCUAUGGUCAUUAGACUCUAGUGUGGGUCUAGUUUUAGGGACGUGCCAUCCCAUGUGUUCAUUUCUUUCUUUUACACUAAUUCUUCUCUCCUCCUGUGUCUUGUGUUUUUUUUCCGAAUAAAAAAAAUUAAAUUUGUA